AAGAAGAAGAAGAUAACUACGGGAAGUGUGAAGGGUCAGUUUGAUGUUUCUGCCGAACAGAUGAAAGAUUAGCUGUGUUUCUCUGAACAUGGCAGCACAUUUGAAAAAGCGAGUUUAUGAAGAAUUCUCUAAAGUCGUACAGAUUCCCCAUGAAGAAGCUCCAGCCAAAAAGCUGCGUCUGUCUAAGCCCAGCAAGUCUGCGGCUCUGCACAUCGACCUCUGCAAGGCCACCAACUCCACCGAUGCCCUGCAGUACCUGCUGCAGUUUGCACGCAAGCCAGUGGAGGCGGAGAGCGUGGAGGGUGUGGUCAGGAUACUGCUGGAGCACUACUAUAAGGAGACAGAUAACUCUGUGAGGCUGAAGAUUGCCUCUCUGCUGGGUCUGCUGACGAAAACGCAAGGCUUCGUCCCUGACUGCAUCGUGGAUGACGCCAUCAGCACACUCAGCAAUGAGAAGUCCCACCUCCUGGCCCAGCUGCUGGACACUCUACUCGUCAUCGGUACACAACUACCUGAGAGUCCUGCGAUCAGACAGCGGCUGAUUGAAGUGGCCUGCAAGCACCUCUCUGAUACGUACUUUGGGGUCAGGAACAAGUGCCUGCAGCUCCUUGGAUGUCUUGGCGUUAUGGACACUCCUCUGACCAAAGAGAACGAGGGGCCGGGCACAUCGUUAGGAGGAUCGAGGGACGUCCAGAGUAUCAUCAGCGACUACUUUGGAGACCAGGACCCCAGAGUCCGCACUGCAGCCAUCAAGGCCAUGCUGCAGCUGCAUGAGAGAGGAAUCAAGAUUCACGAUAUCAUCUACGAACAGGCCUGCAGGUUGCUGUCCGAUGAUUACGAGCAGGUCCGCUCUGCAGCUGUGCAGAUGGGCUGGGUGCUCAGCCAGCUGUACCCAGAGAGCAUCGUGCCCAUCCCGUCGUCCAAUGAGGAGAUCCGACUUGUCGAUGAUGUUUUUGGAAAGAUCAGUCACAUGGUCAGCGAUGGCUCCUGGAUGGUCCGAGUGCAGGCGGCCAAAACACUGGGUUCAAUGCUGCAGGUCAGUCCUCACUUUCUGGAGCAAACGUUGGACAAGAAGCUGAUGUCAGAUCUCAGGAGGAAGCGUACAGCUCAUGAGCGUGCCAGGGAACUCUUCACUUCUGGAGAGUUCUCGUCUGGCAGGAAAUGGGCCGACGAUGCCCCCAAGGAGAGACUGGACACUAACACCGUCAACCUCAUCGCCUCGGGGGCCUGUGGCGCCUUCGUCCACGGCCUGGAAGACGAGAUGUUUGAGGUCCGUAUUGCAGCGGUGGAGGCACUGUGCCAGCUCGCUCAGUCGUCUCCGACCUUUGCAGAAAAGUGUCUGGACUUCCUGGUCGACAUGUUCAACGACGAGAUCGAGGAAGUGAGGCUGCAGUCGAUCCACGUGCUGAGAGAAAUCUCCACCCACAUCACACUCCGAGAGGACCAGCUGGACACCGUGCUGGCCGUGUUGGAGGAUUCAUCUCGUGACAUCAGAGAGGCUCUCCAUGAACUCAUCUGUUACACCAACGUGUCCACCAAAGAGUGCAUCCAGCUGGCUCUGCUGGAGCUGCUGAAGAAUCUCAACAAAUAUCCCACCGACCGCAACUCAGUCUGGAAGUGUCUGAAGUUCCUAGGUUCACGCCACCCAACGCUGGUGUUGCCGUUGGUUCCUGAACUGCUCAGCACUCACCCGUACUUUGACACACCGGAGCCUGACAUGGACGACCCGGCUUACAUUGCCGUGCUGGUGCUGGUGUUCAACGCCGCCAAGUCGUGUCCCACCAUGCCGGCGCUGUUCUCCGACCACACCUUCAGACACUACGCCUACCUGAGGGACAGCCUGUCUCACCUCGUGCCGCCCCUGAGAUUGCCAGGCAACGGUCUGGACUUGGUGGACUCGCGGUGUGGUUCAGGUUCUGUGGAGUCCGCUCAGCUCUUCCUUCAGCAGAGUCUGAACAGGGUCAGCGUCAUCCAGAACCUGGAGACACCUGGAGCGCAGGACCUGCUGGACUUCACCAUACGAGACCUGCGGCGGCUCGGCGAGCUGCAGACAGAGCUGGCUGGAGCGGCUGAUUUCUGUGCCACAUACCUGCGCUGCCAGCUGCUGCUCAUGAAGGCUCUGCAGGACAGACUGUGGAACAUGGCCGUCCCUCUCUGCCUCAAACAAAACGUCACGGCCACCGCUGCAGCUCAGCAGAUCUUGGAAGAAACCUACAAGCUGGAGUUUUUGUACAGUGGUUUGGAAAGCAGACAGGUGGCUACUAUACAUCAUGUCCGGCUACAAGCCAAAGCUCUGCAGCUCGUCCUGACAGCCCGCACCAGACAAGGGUUGGAUCCCCUCAUCAGCAGCUGUGAAAAGUUUCUGCAGGAUAUUGAGUCUUUUCAGAGGCUGUUUCUGACCGAGCUGCCCCACCUCCAGGACAGUUUUGUGGACAAGCUGUUGGAGUUGAUGCCCCGCCUGUCGUCCUGUAAACCCGUGGAGAUGGUGAGGAUCCUCCAGACGACCCUGAGACAGAGCAGCCUGCUGCACCUCAGACUGCCCCAACAGAUCCACCGUGCGACGGCCACCAUCAUAGAGCCCACAGGAGAGUCUGACAACCCGCUGAAGUUCACGUCUGGCCUGGUGGUGGCGCUGGACAUCGAUGCAACCCUAGAGCACGUCCAGGACCCCCAGAACACAGUGAAAGUACAGGUUUUGUAUCCAGACGGCCAGAGUCAUGUGAUCCACCCUAAACCUGGAGACUUCAGGAAACCUGGACCUGACAGACACAGACUCAUCACACAGGUGUACCUCUCACACACCGCCUGGACAGAGCCGUCACAGAUCGAGGUGCGCCUCCUCCUGGCCUACAGCUCCUCCUCAGCCUCCCUCUCCUCCCCUUCUUUGGCUUCCAAGCUGGGAUGGAGCGACAGCACCGACAGCCUCCCCCCGCCGGAGACCGCCGUGGAGGGAACCAUUCCGUUCAGCAAGUCUGUCAAAGUCUACAUCAUGCCCAAACCUUCCCGGCGCUAAAAAAAAAGACUCCAAACAAACUCUGAACUGACAUUUUCUACAAAGAGUUCAUGUUUUUCUCCUUAACUUAGACGCUGACUCAUCAUGCGAGUGACUUUGUGAAUUUAAAAAGUGUACAGAAAGAAGAAAUGCUUUUGACUUUCUCUCCUCGGGCGAGAGAAGGCUGUAAGAAGCACAAACGUAGUUUUACUCUCUUUGUGUCGGGAAGUAUUUUUGUAUAUUUGUUUCUGAUAAAGACAAACCCAUGUCAAUGAAA